AUGCCAAACUCAGCCACGAGACCCACACGCAAGGACAGCGUUCACCUCCCUCCCCAUCCCGAUCGCCCAUUCUCACCUUCACCCCCCAGAGAAAACCGUCAUUCAGCUUCUCGUCCCCCUUCUUUGCUCUUCGGUGCACCCCCAGUGGGUACAGUCGCAUCGUCAAGUAACCUCAAUGUCGAAGGUCUGCCCUCAACUCCUCCCAGAGUCAGCUCAAUCAUACCAAGAUCUCCAUCGCACGAUAAUGUGAAGAACUCACCAUUCUUCGACCGGGAUUCUCCUGCUCGACGACGCUAUGAGAGUGAAUCGUCACCAUCAACGAGCCAAGCAGCGCAAGGAAGGCCGAUAAGCAUACAAUCGAGCCUUCAAAGGAGGGAUUCGGAAUCCUCGACUACCUCAUCCGCAUCCCCACCACUUGGAGCAACAUCCAUCCUAUCUGCUAUCGCAUCCUCUACACCUCCAAGAGCUCAGGGAACCCCCUCGAAAUCGCCAGUCAUUUAUCAAGGUCACGUACGAAUUUCAAGCGAUAUCACCAACAUCAGAACACCUACUUUGGAUGCUCCAGAUUCACCCAAAUCAUAUCAAAGUGGAUUCAGCUCUUCAUCAUCAAAUUGUGAUAGUAACACAUCGUUCUCCAAAUCCUUGCCUAGGCUACAUCAGCCCACCGUAGUCAGACGUACAUCCGGUCGAGGUCUGGCUUUCCUCCCGCCUCCUGCUCAAGCUCUAAGUCACAGUACAGCAAUCCAUCAUCAUCCCCGAUCGCCUCCCACCAGUGCAAACCAUGAUGGUGAACGUACCGCUUCCGUGGCGAGUCUCCAGCAUAUACAGCAUCAUGCCCAUAUGCUUAAUCUAGGUCAACCCAUUGGACGUCCAACUCACAAAAAUCAGGAUGAUAAAUUGAUCUCGAUGAAGGGUAGUGAUGAUCGUCCGGCGAAUCACCCUACCUCGUACAGCGAGAUCCCUUUACCCCCUUCAUCACUCGAAGAGACACAAAUACUGAAUGAAGUGGAAGAGGAUUCUCCAAUUGAACAAGAAGAAGAGAUCGUAGAUCCUGAGCCUUUCCACCCGUUGUUAACCUCAGACGUUUCAGACGCAGACACACUCAGCUCAAUGACAUCUGACCUUCAUAUAGCGGAUCUCUCGAUACCUUCACAGGAAGAUAUCACCAGGUCAGUCGACGAUCCAUUCCCUGUGGCAACUCCCGAUAUCGCAGAGCGAGUACUGCAUGAUUCGACAACCUCGUCGGAUAACGGCGCAGAAAAUGAACCUGUACAAGAAAUGAACAACGACAAAGGACUUCCAACAGAUGAGAAUAUCCCCAUUUUACACGAGGUGGUGUCAACCCAAUUCUCGCCAGCAGAUCUUGACUCACCUACUUCCACUCCGCCGCAGCCAGACGACCAGGCCUCAAAGUCGAUCGGGGCAGAUCCUCCGCUCCCCUUGGUACCUUACAAAGUACGAGAGGGAUCUCAAACAUAUAAUACGGAUGUUCCAUCCGUCCCAGAUCGUACUCGUCAAAUAUCCUUAUACGCAAGUAUGAAUCAUCCGGCAAAUCCACUCCCUCAGCUCACGGCUUAUCGAGUGGAGUUGGCACUUUCUUGGGGGGAUGCUCAAAUCUUGCGAUGGAUCCCCGGAAGGAAAUACAUCCCUGAUUGGAAUUUGAAGGUGGUAGGAGGUAACCUAGUAAUCGAUGUCCGGGCUAUGAUAAAAACAACUGUAUCUCAUAUUCCCAUUUUCUGGCGAUUCGCCUCUUGGUUGUAA